UGAGUUACAUAUGUAAAUAACCAAUUUUAACAAUUUCCCUUCAUUCCACACCAUUUACUGUACAAUUUGAAACUGCAAGUGCAAGUUUACGAACAAGAAACAUGGAUUUUGCAACAAUGAAACUCGUAUUUAUUUUGGUAUCGAAUCUGCUCGGUUUCACUCUUAUCACUGCAUUGCCACUCGAUCAACAUGCUCACGGUAAAGGUCACCAAAGGGUCAACGAGGUAAUAUCCAACACUAAAUCAUUCCCCGACGCUUCCGCCCCCGAUGCGGUUGGAGAUCACAAAAUGAUCGUGAACGACAACCACAACCACGCCAACACGGGCGACCCCUUGACCAACAAUAACAACAACCUCUUAAAAUCUGGCUCCAUCGUGAACAACAAUUACAACAAUGACGACGGUGUCGGGGCGGAUUUUAAUAACAACAAUAACAACAUAAUUUUGAGGGAGGGUUCCAUCGUGAACAACAAUUAUAACGAGAUUGGCGGCCCCACCUCUAGUUUUAAUAACAACAAUAACAACUUCAAUUUCAGAGGAGCAGUGUUCAACAAUAAUGACAAUGGCGUCAAGAUGGUGAGGUUUGGGACGAAUGUAAAAUCCAAGGGGGACAGUAACAUGCAUAAUAUGAACUCGAAUGUGGGCAUGGUGGGUGCGUACCAUAAUAUGGACUAUGAGGUUCCAUCCGGUUAUGGGAAAUCUUAUAUGAACAAGAACAUGAACGAUGGUGGGGUGGGUUCUGUUUUCAAUGGUAACAAUUUGUAAUAUGGGUGUCCUAACAGCAUAAUUUUAGUAUAUACAUCAAAUGGUUUUUAAGAAAAUGGCAAUAAACAUUUCAACCUCGCCUAUAAA